GUCCGGAGGCACUGGUUUCGAACGAAUCACUGUGUACAUGUUCUCGCUCCUAGCCAUCAGUUCCAGUAACACCGGCAGGAAGAUUUGAAUACCAAUCAAGCUAGAAACACAAACACAGUCAUCCAAGGAAUUAAGAAAUGUCUGGCAUAUCUCUAGCUGUGGCUCCUCGGACGGAGCCUGAAGAAACCGACACAGCUGCGCCACCCCAAAAAAAGCCAUUCCCCCAAAACCAACAGCGGCAACAGUCAGUGAUGGGUAACAUAAUGGAAUCACUGCGCCUUGUAGAACUCCAACUCAUAGCCUUUAUCUUAGUUUUCUCAGUCAGCGGUCUCGUCCCACUCCUCGAUCUAGUCUUCCCUGCCUUCACCACUGCCUAUGUUCUAGUUCUCUCGCGCUGGGUCUUUCCUUCCCGCGGCAGUAGUGUCGGUUCCAGGUCGCAGGAAAUUUCCCAGAGAAGUAAAUUCUUUAGGUUCUACGUGGUUUUGGGAACCACGAUAGGGCUGUUCUUGCCGCUGGCGUACGUGUUGGGUGGGUUCUCCAGGGCAGAUGACCAUGCAGUCCGGUCAGCCACACCUCACUUGUUCUUGCUCUCUUUCCAGAUACUGACUGAGAAUGUCAUUACUGGGUUGUCUUUAUUUUCCCCACCUGUGAGGGCAUUAGUGCCUUUGCUCUAUAGCGUCCGGAGGAUCUUUGUUAUCAUUGAUUGGUUAAACGACGUUUGGACUAACCAAACACUGCCUCCAAGUUCACAACUUAAGGAUAUAGCGUGGUUUUGGUUUGGAAGGAGCCUUGCAGUUGCCAAUCUAGUGUAUUUCUCAAUCAAUCUGUUUGGAUUUUUGAUUCCGAAAUUCCUUCCAAGGUCCUUCGAAAAGUAUUUCAGGGAUAGAAAUGAGAUUCAUGCCAAGAUUGAGGAGAAUAAGCGUUCUGCAGCCAUUAACAAAGCUCAACCAACAGAUAACAAGAAGGCCGAUUAGUUCUGCAUGCAUGUACUUAUAUAGUUUGGUGCCAUAGUUUCAGGACUAGAUUUUGUUCUGGUAUAUAAGCAAAAAAAAUGUAGUUUCUUUAAACAUGCUAGCUGUCUGAAUUGGUCGUUAAAAAAAAUCUCUGUUGUAUUAAUCAUGUUUGCUAAAACUUCCGCUGUAAUUUCCACUCCUUGCCUCGAUCAUGCCAAUUUUCCAAUCAAUG